AUGCUCGUUUACUUCGUCUUCCUCCAAUUCUUGGCCUGGGCUGCAGCCCAGAUCAAUUUCACCAACCCCAUUAUUUGGCAAGAUCUCCCAGACAUCGACCUAAUCCGCCACCGCGAUGCAUACUACUAUUCAGCCUCAACCUUUCAGUUUUCACCUGGAGCAGUAAUCCUACGCUCUUACGAUCUCGUCAACUGGGAAUAUCUCUCUCACUCGCGCUACAAUCAGGGCAUCUUCGCAUCCUACUUCAACUACCGCAAGAGCACCGACACGUUCUACUGGGGAGGAUGUAUCGUGGGCGACUGGAAGACCUAUGUCUACACCGCGCCCGCCGUGGAAGGCCCCUGGACACAGAGCUCCGUCAUCGAUAUCUGUCUCUACGAUGCGGGCAUGCUCAUAGACGACGACGACGACACUAUAUAUGUAGCGCAUGGCAAUACCAACAUCUCCGUUGCUCAGUUGAGCGAUGAUGGCCUACGUGUUGUCAGGGACGAGGUUGUCUUCAAUUCGACAGAAGAGCUCGGCUACAUUGAGGGAUCUCGCUUCUACAAGAGGAACGGCGCCUGGUACCUCUGGAUCGUCAAGCCAGUCCCGAACCAAAUCGUGCUCAAGUCGACAACUGGACCAUUCGGGCCGUAUGAGUGGAGAUGGGUGCUGCAAAGCAACGGCAAUCCAGUUCCAGGCGCCGGCAACCCGCACCAAGGCGCUCUCGUGAGCACGCCCGACGACAAGUGGCAUUACAUCGCACACCUCGAAGCAUACCCAGGAGGCCGUAUACCCGUCCUCGCACCCGUCCACUGGGACGAUGACGGUUGGCCUCAUGUGGACUUUGUGGAUGAGCAGUGGGCGAGCUCAUAUCCCUACCCUCUCCCAGAGCACCCAGUCAAGCCCAUCACUGGCACAGACAAGUUCGAAACACUCGGUCCCCAAUAUCAAUGGAAUCAUAAUCCAGAUAACUCGGCAUGGGCUAUCAACGACGGCCUCGAGCUCCAUACGGCGACUGUCACGGACGACUUCUUCCGCGCUCGGAAUACACUCACGCAUCGUAUUCUUGGGCCUCAGUCUACUCUCACCAUUGAACUCGAUCACUCGCAGAUGGUUGACGGCGAUCGAGCGGGCGUUGUCCUAUUCCGCUACGCUGCCGCUUGGAUUGGGAUGAUCAAGAGUGAAAACAACACCAGGGUAGCUAUGGUGAACGACAUCCUGAUGAUUCCUGAUGAUGGAUGGCAUACCGUGAAUAAGGGCGACGAGAUCGCGAGUGUGGAGGUGAGUGGUGCUACAGUCUGGUUGCGCCUCGAGGUUGGCGUAAACUCGUUCUAUAACCAGGAGGGACGGUUUUCCUGGAGCACUGAUGGUGUCAACUUUGAGCCUCUCGGUGAGCCACACGAAGAGAUUGACCGUGGCAUCCUCCACUUCAUGGGGUAUCGGUACGGCGUCUUCAACUAUGCCACACUUGCUCGAGGUGGUGCUGUCACUGUCAAGUCUCUUAGCAUCUACGAGUAG